UCUCUGCAGGCAUACCCCGAUUGGUCAUGGCACACGGCAGGUCGUGGAGACAUCAACUGUACCGGACUUAUCUCUGUGUACCGUAUCCGAGCUGAUAGGUGCAACCGCCUCUGGGUCCUCGAUUCUGGAGUCAUCACCAGUCUUGACGAUUUCCGCCGUGUAUGUCCACCUAAGAUUCUUAUUUUCGACAUGGCUACCGAUCGUUUGGUACGAAGUGUGUACUUUCCACGCGAAUUGCUCAGGCCAAGUUCUCUGCUCACAAACCUGGUACUCGACGACACCCGGGCUUCCACACCGCACCGUCUAACCGCCACCUGUGAUAACAUCUUCGCCUACAUCAGUGACACAGUCGCUCCGGGAGUAAUCGUGUACGACGGCCGUCGUGACAACGCGUGGCGUGUGACUCAUGCAUCGAUGUACCCUGAUCCCGACCUCGGCGAAUACGACAUCAAUGGAGAACGGUUCACUCUUAUGGAUGGCAUAGUGGGACUCACUCACUCUCCUGCUCAGGGGUUACUGUACUACCAGCCUUUGGCUACUGACAGGUAAG